UAUUCUAUCUUUUGAAACGUGUUUUCCCUCCUAAAUGUCCAAGUGGGUGUGUAAUACAGUCAUUGAUGGAAAAUGAAAGUGUUCUCAUAUCUACAACUGACUCUCCGGUAGACUUUCCUGGGACCAGCAGUCAGAUGCAUAAUGGAACCUUUGAUUCACAAAGUCUGUUUGCUAACUUUCCUCGUCGUCUUCGAUGCCACUUCAUCUGUUGCAGACCUCAGCCUCAUAGUCCCUCCUGACCCUGUAGUUGCAUCUGCUGGUGAUGACAUCAUCCUUCCCUGUCAUCUCUCUCCUCAAAGUAGUGCUGUUGCCAUGGAUAUCAGGUGGUUUAAGGAGGGAGACUUCACUAACCCCCUGUAUUUGUAUAAGAGCAGAACGGGGGAAGAGGGGGAGGGCUAUAAGGGCAGAGUGAGUCUGUUCACGCAGGAGCUGGAAAGAGGCAACUUAUCGCUGCUGUUGAAGAAUGUCAAGGUGUCAGAUAGGGGACGCUACAAAUGCCAAGCCAGCCACUUGGAUUGGAUCCAGGAACCAGCUGUUGCGCUUCAAGUUACAAAGCAGGGCAGUGUUAUAGAUCUCCAUGAGAAAGCUUUGUCACUGAGUUUUCCAGUCAGCUGUAGACUCUGGAACUGA